AUGGAGAUGGCACACAUCAAGCUGGAGGCCGCCCUUGAGACCUCCAACAAGUGGAACGUCACCAGCGCGCCACUGCUGCGUUGGCAGAGCAAGCUCAAGCGCACCUCACAGGAGUGUGACCACACUCUGCGCAGGUGUAGGCAGCGCUUGCAAGAAGAGGAAGAAGUACAGCAAGUGCUAAGGAGCUCCUCCUUUCCGAAGAGGAUCGCUCAUAGUGCCAUGUCGUUUGUUUCCUUAAUCUUUAGUCACGGUAAGGAUGAUGAGCUGACAGGAUCCACUGCUACCCGGCGAUUUGAACGGUUUGCCGAAGGUGCGAGCGAAUUCUUGAGGUAUGUAGAGCUUGGUGGCACACCAUGCAGAUACAUGUUUUUCGACCCUUUGAUACGCCAUCUUCUCACUGGCAAAGGAACUAGGUAUUGCUUUGUUAGCAAGGGUCAACAUCUCUCAUUUCUUCUACAACCCUUUAGUCCACUACAAGAGCAUGGGAUGGAGGGUAACCUAAUAUUCUUACUUGAAGAUGCCAAUGCUCCAGAGAAUAAUUUCCUUCUUACCCUCCAAUUACGGCUCUCUGAGAGUACAGACAUAGUUGGUGUUGCAGUCAGAUGCCUGAACCUGUUCACACCUCACUUAAGCUCAACAACCGAGACUGUGAAAACAAAGCUCACCCAGGUACCAACACAAGACUUGUCCUGGGUGUCUGAUUCCUGUUCUGUUUUUGGCUGCUAUGAUGAACGACAGAACAAUCUUCACACCGUCUGUUCUAAAUGGUUUCGACCGAACCCGCUUUGUUGCCAGCAACAAGAUCAUCACUAUUCCCAGCGCUACAAUGCUACAAGCUCAUCAUCAGAAUCAUUGCCAUGUGAUAUAUACAUGGAACCAGUUAAACAAGUGUAUUUGUUGGGCCAUGUCACACUGUCUGUUGGGAACAACAGGCAGCGGGCAGUUGUCAGUGUUGAAAGCAAAACAAGUCCCGAGAGAGAAUUUCCUUAUAUGAAACUUGGAGCGCAUUUCUGGCCCCAUGCCUCAUCUGAAGAUUUGUCGCCUGCAGUCGAUGGUUCAGCAACAGAAAUGAUCAACGGGGUGGUCAUGCAAAGUGGCAUGCAUGCAAAAAUUUCCUUUGAACAGCUAGGCGACAUUAUGAUACCAAAGGCAGUAGAUUGCCUUCGCAGGGAUGCCGCAGCUACCUCAUAUCAGAUUAUGUGGAAGUCCAAGCAUGGCAGGGCAUACCUUCAGUUUGGGAAGACCACAUGGAGAGCAACCGCUCAAGAAGACCGAGGUAGAAAACACCAUAAACGAUUGCCGGGCAAGAAGGUGCUGGGAUGGGCCAGUGCCAACAAUGAGUUCAUGUGCUCGUGGAUUAGACAUGCGCCUGUCCAGUUGCAGAGCUCAGUGGUGGACUGGAUUCAGAAAGGAAGACAAUUGCCGCAACCAUUAUUAUUGAAAACUUCUUGCUUCCAUGACUGUCCAAUCAUGUUGUUUUCUUUGAAAGAUCACAUUUCUUUGGUAAGGACAAUCAAGUCGCCCAGCAAGUUCAAUGGCUGA